ACUGCGGCUGGCCACCGGCUCCGCUCCCUCGUCGGCCCGCGCUCCAGCUGCGCCCGGCCCGGCCCCGGCCCGGCUUGGCCCGUCCCCGGCCUCCGAGCGAAGGCGCCGCUGCCGCCUGGGCCGCUCCCAGGGCCAUGAGGAGGCGGCGGCAGCCACUGCGGCCCGCGUCAAGGUGACCGGCCGGGACUGCGGCGGCGGCGGCGGCGGCGAGAGCGGGCGGACUUCUCCAGACAGGUUAUGUCACCUACAGAGGCUGCCCUGAAGCUCCCUGUGGCCCGGAGACUAUGUACAAGAGGAAUGGUCUGAUGGCUAGCGUGUUGGUCACCUCUGCCACUCCACAGGGCAGCAGCAGCUCAGACUCUCUGGAGGGCCAGAGCUGCGACUAUGCCAGCAAGAGCUACGAUGCCGUUGUCUUCGAUGUCCUGAAAGUGACUCCUGAGGAGUUUGCUAGCCAGAUCACAUUAAUGGACAUACCCGUGUUUAAAGCCAUCCAGCCGGAGGAACUAGCCAGCUGUGGAUGGAGUAAGAAGGAGAAACAUAGUCUCGCCCCCAACGUCGUGGCCUUUACCCGGAGGUUUAACCAGGUCAGUUUUUGGGUUGUACGAGAAAUUCUAACAGCACAGACUUUAAAAAUAAGGGCAGAAAUCCUGAGCCAUUUUGUGAAAAUAGCCAAGAAACUUCUAGAACUCAACAACCUUCAUUCUCUCAUGUCUGUGGUAUCAGCAUUACAAAGUGCACCCAUCUUCAGGCUGACAAAAACCUGGGCUCUUUUGAAUCGAAAAGACAAGACCACCUUUGAGAAAUUGGACUACCUGAUGUCUAAAGAAGAUAAUUACAAGCGGACUCGGGAAUAUAUCCGAAGCCUGAAGAUGGUUCCCAGUAUUCCCUAUCUAGGCAUCUAUCUUCUGGAUUUAAUCUACAUUGAUUCUGCGUAUCCUGCCUCAGGCAGCAUCAUGGAAAACGAACAAAGAUCCAAUCAGAUGAACAAUAUUCUCCGAAUAAUUGCUGAUUUACAGGUUUCCUGCAGCUAUGAUCACCUCACAACCUUGCCGCAUGUGCAGAAGUACCUGAAGUCCGUGCGCUACAUCGAGGAGCUCCAGAAAUUUGUGGAAGAUGACAACUACAAACUCUCGCUCAGAAUUGAACCAGGAAGCAACUCCCCGAGACUGGUCUCUUCCAAGGAAGAUCUUGCAGGCCCCUCCAGCGGCUCCAGUUCUGCAAGGUUCAGUCGGCGGCCCACCUGUCCUGACGCAUCUGUGGCUGGCAGCCUCCCCACGCCCCCGGUCCCGAGACACAGGAAGAGUCACAGCCUGGGCAACAACAGGGGACGCCUCUAUGCCACGCUGGGGCCCAACUGGCGGGUUCCGGUUCGGAAUUCUCCCAGAACCCGGAGCUGUGUCUACAGCCCCACCGGCCCAUGCGUCUGUACACUGGGGAGCUCAGCGGCGGUCCCCACCAUGGAGGGGCCUCUGAGAAGGAAAACUCUGCUCAAGGAAGGACGGAAGCCCGCGCUGUCCUCGUGGACCAGGUACUGGGUCAUACUCUCAGGAUCCACCCUCCUGUACUACGGAGCCAAGUCCUUGCGGGGCACAGACAGAAAACACUAUAAAUCCACACCUGGCAAAAAGGUCUCCAUCGUGGGCUGGAUGGUGCAGCUGCCCGAUGACCCUGAGCACCCGGACAUCUUCCAGCUGAAUAACCCCGACAAAGGCAAUGUUUACAAGUUCCAGACUGGUUCCCGGUUUCAUGCAAUACUGUGGCACAAGCAUUUGGAUGACGCAUGCAAAAGCAACAGGCCUCAGGUAAAGUCACCAAAGUCCUGCUUGUCACCUAAAAUACCCUCUCCCCGCCUCAGGACCAUAAAAAACACGCCUCCCUCCUUCCCUCAGAGCCUAUCAGCUAGGCUCCCAGGCACCCUCUUUUGAUCCGCUUUUCCCCAUGAGUCAGGGCACCCAUUGCCCAGCUUGGAACUAAGCCCAGCUUCAGACUAGAACUUUGGAUCUGGCCCCCGUGUCUUUCCCACUGAAGGAAACACCACAGAAACAUCCAUCGGAGACAAGUGACAGGUGGGAUGUUGCCGCAAGGGUCAGGUUACAGCAUCUACUGAGGUCAUCCUCCCGAAAGUUGAUUCGUGGGCAUAUUCCAACCUGACUAAGGGCCUCCCCGUCCCCCACAACCCUUACAAAUAAUGAUAAUAAUAGCUAAUUUGUUGAGAGCCAACCAUGGCUGGUGAGUGGGGCUCUCUGGCUCCUGGGCAUGUUUGAACCAGUGGGAUCUGUCCACCAGGCCUGGCUUGGGGCCUCGACUCCCACCCCCACCACUGCCCUCCCCAGGACCAAGCUUUAGGCAAAAUGCUUUACGUGCAGGAAUUGGCCGAAUCCUCCCAGCAUCCCUGUGAGGUAGGUUCCUGUACUGUCUCUGUUUUAUACUGAGGAAACUGAGGCUCAGAAAGUGGCAGACACUUGUUUAAGGCCCCAUGGUUAGUAAGAUCUAACCCUGCUCUGCCUGACACCAAAGUCUGUACUUGCUGCUCCCAAGCUCUCCCACCUCACACUUUCCGGAGUCGGGGUUGGGGCGGAGGGGGCUGACUUGUUCAGCCUCCUGCCA